ACAGUGCGGCAUCGAAAGGAGUCAGUUUCCGCGUAGUCUUCGGCACGUCGGUCACGCCAGGUGUUGUUUAUCCACCUGUCUUCUACGCGUAUACUUACGUUACUCGCUAGAGACAAUCGCGCGCGUAUACGCAUAAGGAGGAGAUAUCGUCGAGGAAGAAGAAGAUGCGUCCGUCGCGCCGCGAUGCCGAUGCUCAUCGCGUCCGAAUCGCGCUGCUCUCGCUAGUUGCAGUUUGCUUAAUGCGAAGCUUCGCAGCAUCGGAGCCGGCAAAUUUAGAUGUGAUUUUCGAGAAUGACGGAGAAGAGUUAUUCGCCAACAUGAAUCUGACAACGUUCAAGGAGAGAUAUCGGAGAUUGAUACCCUACAUGACUUUCUACGUUGCCAACAACUACUUGCCCGUCCCGACUACGUUGGAGCAAAAUUACGCAAAAGAUCCAUCGACCCACUUGUUCCGAAAACCCUCGCCGCCGCAUCCUUUGACUCGGCUCAGCGACGUGCCGAGGCGAGGAACUCACAAAUAUCGUGUCAAUUCACCCGGCCAGGACAAGAAGUUUGUUCCGUCCGUGCAAUUCGAUCCCAGAAACAUCGGAGGUGACAACGACUACUUCACACCGGUCAAGUAUAGCGCUAAGAUCAACUAUGCUGACUAUUCCACUCCGUCCUAUCAGCUCUAUCAGGUGGAAAAUACCUAUCCUGAGAUCACCACGCCUUCCACUCAGAUCUUGCACGAGGAAAAUCGAUAUUUCGCCACUACGAGACCUCUGAGACCUCCCGCUCCCGCGCGAGAGCAACACUUGAUUAAGAAACCGCUGCUUGGCAACCCGCAGGACGAUUAUGACCAGGAUACGGCGCAGAUACCGAAUAUUAUCGUUAACUACCCUAGUAAAGAAUUCAACGGUUUGAGGUACAUCCCGCCGCCGGUACACACCAACAUGCAGUCGUCGAUGAAAUCGUCGUCCGUCAUCUCGCAAGUUUAUCCGAAACCGAGUCUGAACAAUUUAAUCGAAAGUUUUCAGUUGAGCGAACGACUGCCGGAGAUGUUGAACAAAGACAACAUCGACAGCAGUAUCAAGACAUUAAUGGAGAUUCUCAAUAUUCUGCACAAUUCGCGGCAAAAAAAUGUACCGCAGCCGCAAGAACCGUUAUUGUCUCCGCCUAGAUUGAACAAUUACAAACCGAAAAUAAAUACGCGGCCAAAAGUGAUUACCGAGACGAGUUUCCAGGUGACACCGAAUCCGCUAUUGAUCACCGAUGAUCCCGAAAGAUACAAGGCAACGGAGGACGACGACAACGUUCGGAUCAAAACCCCGGUACAACCAGAUUACAAUAUAAAUCACAUAAAGGAUGACAAGGUGGAAUAUUACGUCCCUUAUGUUCAGGAUAUUUCAAACGAAUCCAAGCAGCAAAGAUUGAGGCCAACCCCCAGACCUGAUACGACUGUGCACACCUACGAGAUUACGGAAGAUCUUAGUGGCGAUAUCCUAGAGGACGAACGAUACACUUUGCCGAUUUCUACCGAGGCAUCUAUAAGUCAGGAAUAUGUGGCGCCUAAUGAAAUUACGCAGCCAAAACCGAAAACACCCUUGAAAUACGGUGCAACGCGCGGAAAACCCCAUGUCGACUAUCCGGCGUACGCAAUUAUACCGGAAACCGAUUUCAAUUGUAAAAAUCAAAGAUAUAAAGGAUUCUUCGGCGAUCCAGCGACGAGAUGUCAAGUAUGGCAUUAUUGCGAUCUCAAUGGUGGUAAAUCGUCGUUCUUAUGUCCAAACGGCACAAUAUUUAGUCAGGUAGCGUUGACCUGUGAUUGGUGGUUCAAUGUAAAAUGCGAGACGACUACUCAACUAUACGUUUUAAACGAGAGACUGUACAAAUAUAUCCUGCCAAUUAUGCCCAAGUUUCCCGAGGAUUUUACCGGCCCGGAAGUAGAUCGAUACUUGGAACUCAAGUUCAAAGAGAUGGAGGCAAAACUGAAGGAGAAGAAAUUAAAAAACCAGCAAGAGGAGAAAGGCAAGCAUAAAGACAAAUCUCAAACGUCAAACGAUGAAGAGUAGACGCGUUUAAUUAAAGCGUUAUGUGCUAAAUAAUUUAGCCUUAACAUAUGAUACCUGACUUGUUGCCAUUAUAAUAUAUAAAGCAAAAAUCGUAAAUGUAUAAGAUGACGAAGCCAAAAGGCUUGCAGAUUCGGAAAAGUGCAAUAUAUAUAUGAUAGAGUUAUAAGUUAUUUUAAUGCGCGAGAUAAUGAGAGAAUUACAAUAUUCUCGUGCGGAAAAAUAAUAAGAUUAUCUCACAGUCUGUUACGGGUAUGAAAUGGCUGAUGACGUAUUAUAUAUUUCUUCUAUUAUCUCUAGUCAUAUAUGCGUAUUGUGUACUCUAUAUAUCACCGAAAAUGCUCGCCUAUCUUACGGAGCUUUAUUUCUAUUAGCUUAUCUGGCCUAUAUUUAUUUCUAUUACUGCAUGACAUAUAUAUCUUGUAAUAUUUUGUUUAUAUGGAUAUAUACAAAUUAUCCGUUCCAUUUCUCAUCAAAAAAGACAUUCAAUAAAAAUAGGAACUCACCUCUUUUGUCUGGCUAACUCGCAACAGCGUCUCCUCGAUGUCCAUGUAAAUCUGAUUAAACUCGGGUAGCAGGAUCUGGUUCUGUAAAUAAUAAAACACAUCAGCAUUUAAAUUUUUUUGCAAUAAUGCAUAAUCAUUUCUUAUAAUUUAAGUAACGUGAUUACUAACCUUUUCUAAUAAUGUCUCAAAAUCAUGCAGUUUGUGUAAGCGCAAAGUACAAUUAGAACAACAAGCCACAUUACAGUCAUUACAAAAAUAGUUUAAUGGUUCAUAACAUGUUGACGAACAGCUAUUUAGCAUUGCAGCAGAAUUAUGGGAGCUUCCGUCAGAUAUAAGAACUUGUGUGUGGCUCUGCAGUGCUCUUCCAUGAAUCUAUAAAGAACAUAAAACAAAAUCAUAAAAUAUAUGACACAUUUAAUUAAUUAUAAGUAUUUCUCUUAUAAAAAAUAUAUUGAUUUACUUUUGAAUAACAGCAAUGACAAUAGAGAGCCACACAUUGCGGACAGUUUACGCUAGCUUGAUUUCCACAUUCAUGGCAACAUCCUAUAAACAGAAAGAAUAAAUUAAAUUUCUUUUCUUGUUUACAAAGUUAUUUUAUUUAGUAUAAUAAUGUGCUAACUUUCUAACCUUGCUUUGAUAUCUGACGUAACUGUGCAGAUAGUCUGUGAGAAAAUGAAAAUUCUUCAUCGUCAUUUUCUAAUAUACGAUUAUAUGAUGAGACAAUCAGCCCUAGUGUGUACAAAUUCAACGGCAGGAGUUUCUCAUUGCCAGCUUCCUCAAUGUUUUUGUUACACAAAGAGCACUUUUGAACUUUCUUAUACUUGAUACAUUUAUUGCAUAUUGGAUGUCCGCAAUUCAAUAACAAAGGUAUAUGGGUUCCUUUCUGUAUAGACGUGCUCAGUUUUAUAAAAUCUGUAACAAUUUUGACAUUCUUUCUACGUUUUGAUCUACAUGAAUUAUUUAUUAUAAUCUAUUUCAUAAUAUAAGAAUAUAAGUUACAUAAGCUAUACAUUUUUCACUUAUAUAAUAAUAGAAUA